UGCAUAGCAGGUGAUACAUGUUGUGCAUUAGUCAACUUAAAACAAAAAAUAAUAAUUUUUUGUAGCAUAUUUUUAUAUUGAAUUUACAGUUACUGAACUGUAGCUGUAUUUUUUGUUAUUUUUAGUGAAAAUUUUGUACAAGGUGAUCACAAACAAUGACUACCGUAAGGUGGCAUCAUCUUUUUGUAGCCUUUGCUGCCAUUAACCUUGCAGUCACACAUCGUGUCCCUACUGGUGAAAGUAAAGAAACCAUUGACGAACAUGAAACACGAAAACAUCUUCAGCAUGUAACAACACAAUAUGCAUCUUCUAAAGAAAGGGAGCAGUUGAUCAAAGAUGGAUUAGCUGGAACAGCUGAUUAUCUUAACUAUGUUGUAUCAAGCAAACCAUCUUUAGCAACCAAAGAGUUUGAUUGUAAAAUUAAAAAAUUAGCCUUUGAGUUUGCUAAAAAACUGGCACCUGGCACCGGUAAUCAAACAGAAAUGAAGUAUAUUUAUGAUGGCCUUCAACUAGGAUCUUUAUGUAAUGUUAGUUAUCCUUCACUCCAAAAAAUGCAUGAAGACUGGCAUACAAAUAAACGCAUAUCCUCGGAUGGUAUAGAAAUAUAUGUGGAUGAUUAUUAUGGUCAAAACCAUCAUGAUGGAAGCUUUGUAAACCCCCUAAAGGAUAUACAAUCAGGCUUAAAUAAAUGCAAGAUCCUAAGAUCAUCUGAUAAUAAUGGUGUUAAAUGCACUGUAUUUGUUAGAGGAGGAACAUACAAGAUACAAGAAACACUUAAGAUUAAUGAAGAUAAUGUAAUUUUAACUAAUUAUGGCAAUGAAGAUGUCAGGGUAACAAGUGAUGCAGUUGUUAAUAUACCUAAAUGGAACCUAUACAAAUCCUCUUUGGAACGAUUUGAAAUGAGAAAUCCUAUAUUCGAAGGAAUUCAACCAAAACAAAGUACAGCUGCAGUCAUUUUUGUUGGAGUGUUUGACAGCUAUUUACAGUGUGAUAAAUUCUGUGCCAACUCAAGCAAAUGUACUGCGUAUGCAUACUUUGAUACUACAGCAGGUGCUUUUUCUAAGCAAUGUUAUAUGCGAGUUGAUGGAAUGUGGGAUACAGUAAAUCACACUGGUGUUGUCAGCGGGAAAAAGGUAACAAUAUAUUCUGCUGAUUUAAGUUCUGCAAACUUAAAGAAAGUUGAUCAAGUGUUUAUCAAUGGCCGAAGAGCAGUGAAAGCCCGCUUUCCUAAUGCAAAUCCUGAAACCAUGGGUCUGCAUACGAUUCCAACUGGGUACGUUGAGAGUGCAGAGGAAUGGCUUCCACCACUCAAAAAGCCAGCUGCCACUGAAAUACACAUUGAAGUGCCCCUCAGAGAAGCAUCGUUGUUUCCAAAAUUUUAUAUAGGCGUUGAUGGACCAGUUAAUCAAUUUGACCCACCACAAUCGUAUUGGGCAACAAAGAAUCCUUUUGGAGGGGGUGGCUCCACUUAUGAAGUGCCUUCUGGAUUAAAGUAUUCUUCCAACUUAGAAAUGCACCUAAGAUCGUGGAAAAAUCCGAGUACAGGCAUUGUACAUUGUUAUCAAAAUUACCAUUGGGGUAAUUGGAUGUAUAAACUAGAUAGUCGAGAUGAGGAAAACAGAACUCUUCAUUGGAGUUAUGGUGGGUUUCAAGAAGCAAGAGGUUCUCCAGCUGGUAAAGAAUGGUAUGUGGAAAACAUUUUUGAAGAACUUGAUUCUGCUAACGAAUGGUUUUAUGAUGAAAACAGUAAAGUGUUGUAUUAUUCACCAAAUGGAACAGAUGGUGGUUUACCAAGUGUGGUUACCAUUCCACAGCUACCAUCUUUGCUUACAAUAAUUGGCAACAAGCAUAAACCAGUCAAGAAUGUUUCUGCAAAAGGAUUAAAAUUUCAGCAUACUACGCAAACUUUUCUUGAAUCUUAUAUGGUACCAAGUGGAGGAGAUUGGUCUGUUCAUAGGAAUGGUGCUGUGUACAUCCAGAGUUCUGAAGGUGUUACCGUACAAGGUUGUACAUUCGACUCACCUGGUGGCAAUGGACUGUUUGUAAGUAACUACAAUAGAGAAACAAUCAUUUCACAUAAUUUAUUUUAUCGGCUUGGUGAUAAUGGUAUUGUUUUGGUUGGAGAUAGUAAUUUGAUUGAUGGUACACGGACAAACCAGCCAAGAGGUGUACAAGUGCUUUAUAACUUGCUCUUUGAAAAUGGAUUGUGGGGAAAACAGACAUAUCCAUAUGUACAGUCUAGAGCUUGUGAAAUCCAUUUGGAGGGGAAUGUGUUUUUUAAUGGUCCUCGUGCAGGCAUUAAUAUUAAUGAUGGAUUUGGUGGUGGAAAUUCAAUUAAUAAUAACUUGUUGUUUAAUUUUGUUCGGGAAACUGAUGAUCAUGGACCAAUCAAUACAUGGGAUCGAGUACCGUACUUAACACGUGUUUACGAUGGCAAAUCAGUGUCCUUAAAUGUGAAAGAAAACCAAAUACAUUUGAAUUUUAUUGUGAAUAAUUAUCGAUCUGUUUGGCCUAUUGACCAUGAUGACGGUUCUUGUUUUUGGAAUGAUACACAUAAUUAUUUGGUCUACGGAGGUUUUAAAAAUUACCUGGGACACGACAAGCAUUCUAUGCAUAAUGUGUACGUUUAUCCUGAUCAACAUCCCGCUAAAGGUGCUUCGAUGAGCUAUCCAACAUGUGCUAACACUGAUGGACAAACUUUAGGAACUUCCGGUUAUGGCGAUGUAUAUGAAAGCAAUACUUGUAUCAUUGGUAGACCAAAUCUUUAUGACCUGGGGAGUUGCAAAGUUGGUUAUUUAAUGGAAUUGAUUCCUUAUUUUGCACGAAAUCGGUAUUACACACCAAAUGCAACAAUUGAGGUAAAAUGUGGCGAUGAAACAUGGGAUCUGCAUCAAUUUCAAAUGCACGGGAUGGAAAUUGGAACCGUAGUAAACCACCUUGUAGAUGAUGACGUGGUGAUCGGAUGGGGAAAAGAUUUACUUGGUCUUUAAGGCUUAACCUUCACUAACUUAAUUACAGGAAAUUUAAAUCUAUCUGAACACGAUAAAAAGUUUUGCGUUUUUUGAAAUAAAGAGUUAUUAAUUUCCGGAAGAUGUUAUUUUUUAUUUGUUAUAUGUUUCCUUUUUUUCUCUUUCUUGUUCUAAGAUUACUUAGCCAUUUUAUUUCGAUAUUUCUUUUUUGUUUUUCUAAUGAAUCGGUAAGAGCUAAUAUAAUAAGAGUAGUUGUGAUGAAUAACUGGAUUAACAGCUUGUCUGUGCGGUUAAAAAAAUAAAUAUGUCUACGUUUUUCUUUGUGUACUAUGACAGUGUAAGGACAGAAUGUGUAGAGUUCUGUGUAUUGUUAAUUCACUUGGUGGUAUUGCUACAGUUAUUUUAUCUUAUUUGCUUUUUUUAACUUUCGUUUUUAUAAUUUGAUUGAGAAAAUACUGAUGCUUAGCUGUAACUUUUUUAAUGUAUAAAAAACGUGUUUGUAAUGUGAUUUCAUUUUAUCAUAAAUGUUUCAUUGAGGUGUAAACAUGUAUUUUGAUUGCAACAAUUUUUUUACGAUUUUUUGUUUCUAAUUUAAUAAGACUGUAUAAUGUUGUACUGUUUGGUUAUGUAAAUGUUUUUUUUAUAACUUUAAAUUUUGUAAUUAUUAGUUGCUAGCAAACAAAAUAUGUGUUGAAUUUGCAUGCAUAAAAUAUUUUGUUUUUAAUCGUUUUUCUGUACCAAUUUAUAUAUAAAAAAAAGUGUUACUUCGUCACUUUUUAUUUAUUUUGAAGACAAUUAAAACAUGUUA